CUAUCAGCGCUACCUCCGGCUCAUUUUGCGUAAGUCCCCCUUUCCUAUCAAUCCGCGCCUACUCUCGCUGACCCGUACUGAAGCGACCGCCGGCCAUGCGUACGGCUGGCAUGAUUGAAGACACCGUGGCUUUCGACACCGAGCGCUACGGCGAAGAGGGCGAAGCUUGCGAGCCCCCUUGCUUGCGCUGUCUGGCGUUGGGCAAGAAGUGCCGCUCGCAGGCCGGCGGGCGCGCCUCCCCCUGCGCCCAGUGCCAUUAUGCGCAUCGUCAAUCCUGCCGGCCGUCGCCGCCCAUCAUGUUGAAAGCUAAGCAAGCCUAGGAGACCGCGAAGCUCGCCGAGGAACGCGACCCGUCGGCAGGGAACAAGGAUGCUGCGGCCAAGGCGCGCCGAGUCUUCUUCGCUGCAAGCCAGAUAGCGAGUGCUGGCCCGUUGCUAGUAGCUGCGG